CUUCAACAUCCUCAUCAUCAUUUUUGUCAUUCGCAGUCGCAAGAGAGUCGAAAAACUCGUCUCAAGGCGUUCCUCAACAAACUGGAAAACCUUGGAGACUUCUUUCACGAUUUCGAGCGAAAACACUUUCCCGCGGUACUUAAAAAACUUUUCAGCAAACAACCGAAUUAUUGGUUCUAACAAAGAAGUUUCGUUGACCAUUACUCUACUCGUGAUCAACGCUACGUUUGUCAUCUGUAAUACCCCCAUCAUGGUGUACCUACUGGGCAGUGAGCACUGGUUUCCCCCGGGAUUUCUACCUGCGGAGAGGCUGACGCUCACAGCAUCCGUCAUGGCCAUGUACACCAACAACGCGGCCAAUUUUUUACUCUACUGCGCAACGGGGUCGAGAUUCCGCGCCGAAAUCAGGCACAUGUUCGCAUCGGUGCACAGAUUCGGCGCGUCGUUCAGGAGCAGUUCCCGCAACAGGAAGAACAGUCUGGGGAGUGAUGGUGGCAGGAGUUUUCGACUUGAGGAUCAGCUGGCUAACGUGAUGGGAUCGAGGGAGACGUGUUACACAUAUCAUUAG